AUGGCAGCGAGUGCGGCUCGUGCUGCAAUACGAGAUGCGAUCGCAACGAAGAGCUUUCCUCCUGCAAUAGCGUACCCCGAGAAGCAGAGGAACGCAAUGCUAUCGGCUUGGUUCAACCUGCCUACGAUCACGUGGGUUCCAGACGUGUUGAAUGCAGGUCGAUCUCCUGUUUGUACCACAGAAGGAUGUAAGUGCACGCCGAAGGUAAAGGAAUAUCUGCAGCGAACUGUCCAUGAUGUCGAACACAAAACCAUUUUGUAUUAUGCAAGGUACAAGUGCUCUACAGGACGAUCGUUCUCUACAAUUGAUGAUGCUUACCUUUCUUCAUCGAAAGCCGUAUUCCUUGCAUUCCUGUAUUUGUUGACUUACCAGACCGCAAUCUCGUUAGAUUUAUUUGAGCUAGUGUAUGACAGCAUGCUUACAACCAAGGGACUGGCGGGGGCUACAGACAACGUAACGCGGCGCCGUCAGAAGCGCUAUUAUGCUUUGUUGGCUCGUGCAGGUUGCGAGAUUGAGAAACGAAAAGCUGCGGAUACUGCUUAUGCACCACCACUCUUGCAAUCGGUCGAGCAGUACAUGACUAACCAUAUUUGUCUAGACAGCGAGGCGCUGCAAAAGGUAUGGCUCUCACAAACGGAAGUGUGUAGUAGGUUACUCGAAGCCCAAAUGGCCGUCUCACAAUGCGAAAAGGUUAUCAGAGUAGAUCACUCUCAAAAAUUCUGUAGCAAGUUGAAAGUUUUCGGAUCUGACGGAAGCAAAGAGCAAGCUUCGAGUGUGCGUAUGUUGCUUCUUGUACAGAACGAAAUAGGACAAGUAGUUGCAAGAGGUCUAACGCGUUCCGAGAACCAUGAAGAAACAGAAGCUAUUUUACACCUUAUAAAAAAACUCUUUGGAGAUUCGGUCGCCGUGAAACAGGACCCUUUUCACGUCAUUCAGAGACUCGCGGAAACAAUUUCCGAUCAAGCUCAGCGAGGCUGGCUCGCGAAGCGACUUUCGGCAGCAAUCUACGACGUAGAAAGAAAAAUUCUAUCGCCAAGUGCAACAGCAGAAAAUUUUGCGGAAGCUGCCUCUAGUGUGCCAACAUCAAGUAUUCGUGUCUCUACCAGCGAAUGGGAGGGCUGUGUCAACAGCAAUCUCGAGCAGAUUAGGCAAGGAGACCUUUUUGUUGAGGGGAGCGACUACAGUGAAGGUGGCAGUACGGUGCGAGUGGUGUCUACAAGUCAACUUGAAGCGAUUCAUUCAAAGUUGAGAAAACUUCUGGAUCGGGUGCUUUCGAUCGAGGUUGGGCUGCGUAUCCUGGAUAUCUUCCUGUUACAGGUUAGUUUUCUUGCAGGAGAUUUUUUUUACUGGACGGUAUGUUAA